AUGACAUCUAAACCGAUUCAAUCAUCAUCACCAACUCAAUCGAAAUAUUUAUAUGAAAAUAAAUAUGAACCACAAUAUGAUCAAUCAGUUAACAUUCAUUGGAAUUCAUAUUCGAAAACAGAUCGAAGACUGAAUUCAUCAUAUUUUCAACGUUCGACUCUAUUCAAUCGAUCAUAUGACCAUAUUAAUAUACCAUAUGCUUCAAAUGUCUAUGGUGUAUAUCGUCGCCCACCAUCUAACAUAAAAUCUCCGCUUUCCAUAUAUACGAAUCCAAGUAAAUGUAAUAAUCAAAGAAGUAAAUCUUAUCAUUCUCAGCCACGUCAAUUAUCUCAUAGUAUUAGUGAUGAUUAUUACUAUCAAAAACAUGACGAUCUAAAUGGUCUUAUCAAUGCUAUUUAUGGCGAUGCGAAGAAGAAUGAAAAUAAUAAAUAUGAAUAUAACGAAGAAAAUUGUUCGAAUGUUUUCAACUACACCUUUGCCAAUACAGGUGAUGUCAUCUUACCUAUGGCAACAUAUGAAAAUGUUGGACUUAUAAACACACCUAAUAUCAAUAAUAAUAAUAAUAAUAACAAUCUUCAUUCUUUAUCAACACCAUUAACUCGUGACUCAUACGAUUAUUCAUCAACAACAUAUAAUCAACAAAUAAAUUCGAAAUCAUCUACAAUGCCAAAAGAUCAUUAUCAAAAUGCAACAAUAACAACUAAACAUGAUAUUAUUCCAUCAGAAAAUGAAACUAAUUAUUUAACACCAUCUGAUAUAGAUUCAACUAUAAAAUCAAAUGAAACAACAAAACGAAUAAAUAAUACAAAUGGAAAAUUUUCUCUUCAAAAAAUGAUACGUCAAGGAUUUUCAUCAUGGCGUACAAGAAAAAAACCACCAUCAUUAUCAACACCGCCAACAUCAACUAUAUCAACAAAUUUUUCAACACCAUCUUCACCUCCUUCAUCUACUAAACAUUAUAUGGCAAUGGAUAAUGAUCUAUCACAAACUCAUCCAUCGACAACUAUACGUUCAAUGUCAACUGAUUUAGUUUCAAAUCCACUAUCAUCACAACGAAUUAUUGUUACAGAACAAAUUGCUCCUCCAACAAUUCGAUCAAAUAGUGUUGAUUGUGCGACAGUAGAUUUUGAUCGUCCAUCAACAAAUAUUCGUGGUUAUAUUCAAUCACCUUGGGCAAAUUCUUCCACAUCAAUGACUUCAAAUACUAAUACGACAGAAUCGAUAUCUUCUCGUCCAGAACCUUUAUCAACAAGUCGAACAUUACCGACACAAUUUAUUGAAAAUACAAAAACAUUGACACCAUUAUCAAUAGGACCAGCAUCUGUUAAUGUUUCAACAACGACAGAAACAACAAAUAGUACAACACCUUUAAUAAUAUCAUCAAUCAAUUCAUCUAAAAUUCCACCUCCUGUUGCUCCUAAACCUGAUAUAAAUCGUUUUACACCAAUACGUUCCAAUUAUUUAAAUAAUAAUCUUUCAUCAUCAUCAACUACUACACCAACUCCAUUUUCUCCUUCAACAUCUAAUACAAUUGAACAACGUCAUGUUGCUUUUUCCAAUAAUCUUAUAUCAAAUCAAUUUAAACCUAUUAAUGAUAUAAUAAAUGAUAAUAAUAUUAUUUAUGCUAAUAUUAAUCCAUCAAAUACAAUAUUAAAAGAAAAAUUUCAAAUAUAUAAUUCACCUGUAAAUAAUCGAAAUACAUCAUCUCCAACAUUAAUAUCAAAUAGUAUCAAUGAAAAACAAAUUUCUAAUACAACAAAUAAUAUAUCAUCAUCAUCAUCAUCAUCAUCAUCAACAAAUUCUUCAUCAACACCAAUAAUUCAAACAACAAAACAAAGUAUUAUACAAGAUAUUGAUACAACUAAAUAUGAAGAAAUUCCAGCUAAAGAACCUGAUCUAUCACGACAACCUGAAAAAAGUGCAUUAAAAAAACCAAAUGGUAUUAAACGUCGUGUUAUACCUGUUUUUCGAGAAAAUCAACGACCAUCACCACGACCAAGUCCUAAAUUACAACCUGUUAUUCUUCUAUCUCCAUCAUCAACAAUAAAAACAGUAAAUAAUGAAGAAAAUACAAAUUCAGAUGAAAAUUCUUCAUCCGAUGAAGAAAAUUAUACACCAAAAAAACGUUUUGCUAAUGUACAACGUAAUGAUUCAUUAGCACGUUUUCUUAAAGAUCGUCCAUUACCAGAUGAAUUAUAUGAUAAACAUAUUCUUGUUAAAUCAUUCGAUGAACGUAAAAAUGAACGUGAAAAUAUUGAAACAAAAUUAGAACGUAAAUUAUCAUUACGACCAAGACCUGAAGAACUUGAAGCACGAAAUAUUUUACGUGCUAAAACACAAGCUGAAUUAAUGGCAGAAAAAGAAGAAAAAAAACGUUAUUUAAUACGAAAACUUAGUUUUCGACCAAGUAUUCAAGAACUUCGAGAUCGAAAAAUUAUUCGUUUUUGUGAUUAUAUUGAAGUAUCCGAUUGUGAUGAUGUUGAUCGACGUGCUGAUAAACCAUGGACACGUUUAACACAAAGAGAUAAACAACUUAUACGAAGAGAACUUAAUGAAUAUAAAAGUUCUGAAAUGGAAAUUCAUCCUGAAAGUGCAAAAUAUACACGUUUUCAUCCACCUUAG